GGGCGUGGAGUCACGUGACUGGCUUUUAAAACCCCUAAAGUUUGGCAAAGGUGCAGAAAGCUGUUUAGAAUAAUUCCCUAUCACAGAAGCAAGUGGGGACUGAGAGAGAAAAUGGACUCGAUGUUCAGAAAGCUGAAUGGAGACAACAGAAGGGGCUCCAGCUACCUGGAGGAGCAGAUCAACAAGUCAGGUGUGGUCUCGUGUAUUUUCUCUCUGAAAGAGGGAGUCGGCGCUCUGGUCCGUACCCUCCGGCUGUUUGAGGAAAAGGGAAUCAACUUGACGCACAUUGAGUCACGGCCCUCGCGCAUGAACAAGGAUGAGUAUGAGUUCUUCAUCAGCGUGGACACUGCCUGCUCCCAGGCCCUGGACGAGGUCAUCGGCAUCCUGCGCGGCCAAAUCAGCGGUCAAGUACACGAGCUGUCACGCAACAAGCAGAAAGACACAUUGCCAUGGUUUCCCUCAAACAUUCAGGACCUCGACCGAUUCGCCAACCAGAUCCUGAGCUACGGGUCCAAGCUGGAUGCUGAUCACCCUGGAUUUAAGGACGAGCUCUACAGAGCACGAAGAAAGGAAUUUGCUGACAUGGCCUACAACUACAGACACGGUCAGCCGAUCCCACAUGCGGAGUACACAGAGGAGGAGAAGGCCACAUGGGGAACCGUGUUCAGGGAGCUGAAAACCUUGUAUCCCACUCAUGCCUGUCGUGAACACAACCGCGUCUUCCCUCUGCUCGAGGAGUACUGCGGGUACCGCGAGGACAACAUCCCUCAGCUUGAGGAAGUCUCCAACUUCCUGCAGUCAUGCACCGGAUUCCGCCUGCGCCCGGUGGCAGGGCUGCUGUCAUCUCGAGACUUUCUUGCCGGUUUAGCUUUCCGUGUGUUUCAUUCUACCCAAUACAUCCGACACGGAUCCAAGCCCAUGUACACACCUGAGCCAGACAUCUGCCAUGAGCUGUUGGGACACGUUCCUCUAUUUGCAGAUCAAACUUUUGCUCAGUUCUCACAGGAAAUUGGCCUGGCAUCCCUUGGAGCCCCUGACGAGUACAUUGAGAAACUUGCUACAGUUUACUGGUUUACUGUAGAGUUUGGGCUUUGUAAGCAAGGAAAUGACAUUAAGGCCUAUGGAGCAGGUUUGCUCUCAUCAUUUGGGGAACUACAGUACUGUUUGACUGACAAGCCAAAACUCUUGCCCUUUGAGCCAGAGAAGACCAGCGUGCAAAAAUAUCCCAUCACCGAAUUCCAGCCGGUCUACUACAUAGCCGAGAGCUUUGAGGAUGGCAAAGAGAAAGUCAGGAAGUUUGCUUCCACAAUUCCAAGACCCUUCUCUUUGCGCUAUAAUGCCUACACUCAAAGCAUCGAGGUUCUAGACGACACAAAAAAACUGAGCAACCUGGCUGAUAGCAUCAGUUGUGAUAUGGGGAUCCUUUGCAGUGCUCUGCAGAAGAUGAAGUAGAACAACUUUAGAACCAUGGAGAAGAUCUUGCAGAUAUUAGAAAAUAAAGAGAAAGUUAUAAGCAUUUUACACCACAAUAUUGGAACAACAAGGCCAAUUAUGACUUUUUUUUUUCUUCAAAAUAUAAAUAUAAGAAAAGACUUUGAAUUAGUACAUCUAGAUGUGUUCGGCAACUUAAAGCAUAAACCUUCUGAAUCAGACCAUUUAAUAAGCAAAAAUAUUACUUACAAAAAAAACUUACUUUCCAAAUCUUCAUAUCCUAGUAUUUAUGUUAAUGUAAAUCAUUACAUUACAUUCUAAUUUACUCCAUUGGCCUAUAAAUAAUUUGUAACUUUAAAUACAUUUUUAUUAGUUGUGUAGAUUUUUAAACCACGUAUUAACCUUAUUCAUGCUAGCCUUUGUAUUGUUUUUAGAGCAUACAUCUUUAUGUAGCUCAACAUUAAUAGAAGUGAAAAUGCGAAAAUAAUUUCCGACUGUUGACCAAAAUGUUCUUUCUAUUAGAAAAUGAAAAAAGGGAUUUCCCUUACUUGCAAAUCAGGCUAUAUUACUAUUUUCCUGACCUAACAAUAGCCUUGCACGAGCAUACUUAAUCUGAGAUUUGUUGGGCUUUCAUUUGAAAUAUUUCUAUUUAAAUUCUGGCUUAAAAAGCGCGUAUUUUCCGUGUAUGAUAUUUAAAGUCGUAAAACCAUACGACAUUACGCAGAGAACAGAACCAAGUAACCAGUAAUUACCUAAAAAUAAUCCACAAUGUGAUGAUAACAGGCUAUAUUUAAGGUCUCUACUCUGUAUUGUUUAAUAACCUUUUGAGAAAUAGACGGAGAGAUAGAAAGAGCUAAAACAUGUUAAGCUUCAUCAUAUAAAUCAUUCUCAUUUUAGCUUGUCUUUUUCCAUGUAUGCUUGUUUAACCUUAUAUAACUGCUUUUGUCUGUUGACCUUAUUGGGUAGAAGUGAUUACAAUAAAAUUGGGAGAAAAUGUA